AUGGCGGUCGGCUCCGCGGCGGCCAUCUGCCUCGCCCUCGCCGUGCUCGCGCCCGCCGUCCCCCGAGGUGGUGCCACGUUGGAAUCAGUUCCAGACCUUGUGAAGGCAAUGUACCUAAACAUUGAAAGCUUCCCUUGUGUGAGGCUGCUGAAUCUUUCUGGUGAAAUUGGCUGUUCUAAUCCUGGAAGUGAAAAGGUCAUUGCACCGAUUGUAAGAUUUAGAAAAGGCAGUGAUCAAUUGAUCCAAGCAUCCACUAUUCUCUUUCCCUUAGAUCAGAUGUCAGAUUUCUUUAUGAGGGUAUCCAAUGAUCCAGAACUUCACCAGAAGGUGGCUGGUGUAUUGAUUGAGUCAAAUGGUGUCAACAAUGACUUACAAGAGCUGUCGCCUGAUAGAAAAUUUCCACAAGAUGAUUUUGCACCCUACUCAAAUCACAGCCAUGAUUGGAAUCCUGCUGGAUCAGGUAUCAUGUGGAACAGAUAUAACUUCCCUGUAUUUCUACUUUCAGAAGAGAGUACAAAGACUCUUCAAAAGAUUUCAGAAAAAAAUGAGAAGACUGGCAAUGGAUAUAGAGCAAAUUUUGCAGAAUUCGACCUUGUUAUGCAGACAACCAAAGCUCAAACACAUGAUUCAGCAUCCUGCCUAAAAGAACAAUCAUGCUUGCCCUUAGGAGGACACAGUGUAUGGGCUUCAUUACCGCCACUUAAAAAUGGAUCUGCAGAGCAUCAGAAACCUUUAAUAUUGGCUAUUGCAUCCCAAGAUUCUGCAUCGUUUUUUCGUGACCGUAGUCUUGGUUCAGAUUCUCCCAUAUCUGGAUUGAUUGCCUUGCUUACUGCUGUUGACGCUCUUUCUCACAUUCAUGAUCUAAGGAACCUUAAGAAACAGCUUGUGUUCGCUGUUUUUAAUGGUGAGGCCUGGGGUUAUCUUGGGAGUCGGAAAUUCUUACAGGAAUUAGAUGAAGGUGCUGCUUCUGUGAAUGGAAUUAGUAGCUUAAUGAUUGACCAGGUAGUGGAGAUUGGUUCUGUUGGCAAAGCUAUACUUGAGGAAUAUCCAUCAUUUUAUGUGCAUGCUGAAGGGAAUUCAUCAGCUUCAAAGAAAAUAUUAGAUGCACUGCAAAGCGCCAGCAAGUCGCUUGGUUCUGGUAAUGUUAAAGUAAAACAAGCAGCUUCAUCAAAUCCUGGUGUUCCACCAUCUUCAUUAAUGUCAUUCAUAAGGAAGAAUACGUCAACUUCUGGAGUUGUGUUGGAGGAUUUUGAUUCCCACUUUUCCAACAGAUUUUAUCAUAGCUAUCUGGAUAACCCUGUAAACAUCAAUUCCUCGUCAAUAGCUGCAGCUGCUGCUUUGGUUGCCAGGUCGCUGUAUAUUCUUGCUAGUGAUGACUCAGUUGUCGAUCUCAUAACACUAAACACUAUAAAAGUGAAUGUUUCGUUGGUCGAAGAACUUAUUGGAUGUCUGCUUACUUGCAAUCCUGGUCUUUCUUGUGGCCUUGUGAAAAGAUUCAUUUCUCCAAGCAAUUCCUGCCCAAGUCAUUAUGUUGGUGUUUUUCUGGAUGACCCUUCUGGCACACAGUUUCCUUCAUAUGCAGAUGACACGUCUCGCUUUGUAUGGAACUUCUUGGCAGACAGAACUUCUAAUUUGGCAGGCAAUAAAAGCUCAUGUACUGGAAAGUGUGGUGAUGAGGGUGAAGUAUGUGUAGGGGCAGAGGUGGAGGGUGGAGGUAGAUGUGUUGUAUCGACAACCAGGUAUGUUCCUGCUUAUUCAACUCGGGUGAAGUUUGAGGACAAUGCAUGGCACGUUCUUCCAGCAAACUCGUCAGAUCCAAUGGGCGCUGCAGAUCCUGUGUGGACUGAAAGCUACUGGAACACUAUUGGCCUCAGGGUCUACGCAGUGCAAGAUUCAGCUUACGAUUGGCUUAUUCUUCUUGCCGGGCUCGUUAUCACUGCUGCAUCUUAUUGCGCUGUACACUUUGGCAGAACAUACAUUUCAAAGGUGGUGAAGCAUGACUGA